AUGAAAUUUGAACUUCGUUCUUCCUUGGUGGCAAUUGGAUGCGAUGGCACAGCGGUAAACACGGGACACAAAAAUGAAGCCAUUGUUUUACUAGAAAAACACCUGAAACGACCUUUGCCAAGGCUUGUGUGCCUGUUACACGCUAAUGAAUUACCGUUUCGCCGAUUGUUUUACAGUCUCGACGGUACUACAAUAGGCCCUAAUAGCUUUUCUGGCAGCAUAGGAAAAAGUCUCGAAAGCUGUCUCGACUUCAAUGUAGAAGCAUUUGAAUCAAUCCCAACAGAAUUGCCAGACCUGAAUACUGAUUUGCUAAGCACCGAUUAA